UGGUGAUGACGCUGAUCCCUGCUCCGUAAACUGAAGAUUCUUCGCGCAGUUCCGGUCGCUUAAGCUCCGGGAGAUGAUCGGACUGACACAGCCGAGCUGGGCGAGGACCUGACAACAUCCCCGACAUGCCCCGCAAGGUGGACUACUGCCCCUAGCCGCCGCUGCUGCUCCCCGUAUCCACCAUUUACCACUUACAUUUCCCCGAGCUAUUCCACUCCUCGGUUACGCUUUAGCUGUAAAGGUUGCAAGCCGGUGUGGGUCCAAACAUAAAUCACAAUGGCAUCAGCAAAUGUUACACUGGAAAAUCAGCUGCACAGUGCGCAGAAAAACCUGCUCUUCCUCCAGCAGGACCAUGCUAGCACUCUGAAGGGGCUACACUCAGAGAUCCGGAGAUUACAGCAACAAUGCACAGACCUGACCUACGAGCUCACUGUGAGAAGUUCUGAUCCGUCAAACAGCAGCGAGGUGCGAUGCAGGGAGCUGCAGAGGAGGUGUGAGGAGCUGGAGGCCCAGCUCAAGAAGAAGGAGGAGGAGAACACGGAGCUGCUGCGCGACCUGGAGCAGAAGAACGCCAUGAUCUCUGUCCUGGAAAACACCAUCAAAGAGAGGGAGAAGAAGUACCUGGAAGAGCUGAAGAUGAAGAGCCACAAGCUGGCCGUCCUGUCUGGGGAGCUGGAGCAGAGAGCCAGCACCAUCGCGUACCUCACCUCGCAACUUCACGCCACCAAGAAAAAGCUUCUGGCAGGAAGUUCGUCCGAGGCGAGCCCCAACGUCAGUCCCAUCACCUCGUACAAGCCCACGCCUCCGCCGGCCAAGGACCGGCAGCCCGAAACCCCCCGGCGACGCAUGAAGAAGAGCCUGUCGCAGCCACUGCACCCGGAGCUGACCGAGGUGUACCGCCUCGGCCCGGACGGCAAGCGGCUGGUCCUGCGGGACCCGGUGGACGCCAUGCCCGACCCCAGACCCUUCCUGCAGGCGGGCAGGGAGUCCCCCGAACCUCAGGUGGUGCGCGAGCGGCCGGCCGUCAUCCCCCCCAUCUCCUCGGAUCGCCCCCCGGUGCCGCCCCUGGGGGCCACGGCCAGCCCCCGCCACAGCCCGGCCCGGGACCGUCAGUACAGGGCCCACGUGGGCGUGGCGCACCGCAUCCCGCAUGGCACCCCUCCCCCGGCGCCGCCGCAGGCGGAGCUGGAGACGCUGGCGGUGGACCAGGUCGGGGAGGAGAAGGUUGUGCGGAAGCGCUCGGGGGCUGACAGGACAGUCUGACGUGCAACAGCGCGGUGCGCCGUACGAGCAGGGAGCCUGACCCACUGUGUAGUCUGCUUUUACGCAACACUGCAAUAGAGACAUACGGAGCCCCUCUGGUGACAUUUGGAAAAAAUAAAAUAAUGCGUGGCCACGCAUUAAUACGACGGAGUAUUAGGGCCAAACUAAGACAAAAAAAAAAAUUGGAAUUGGAAAUUACAAGAAUAAAGUCAUAAUAUAAUGAGAAUAAAGUCGUAAGAUUACGAGAAUAAAGUCAUAAUGUUGCGAGAAUAAAGUCGUAAUAGAAUAAAGUCGUAAUAUUAUGAGAAUAAAGUCAUAAUAUUAUGAGAAUAAAGUCGUAAUAUUAUGAGAAUAAAGUCGUAAGAUUAUGAGAAUAAAGUCAUAAUGUUGCGAGAAUAAAGUCGUAAUAGAAUAAAGUCGUAAUAUUACGAGAAUAAAGUCGUAAUAUUACGAGAAUAAAGUCGUAAUAUUACGAGAAUAAAGUCGUAAUAUUACGAGAAUAAAGUCGUAAUAUUACGAGAAUAAAGUCAUAAUAUUACGAAAAUAAAGUCGUAAUUUAUGAAAAUAAAGUUGUAAUAUUACAAGAAUAAAGUGGUAAUUGAGAACUCUAACAGGAAGAGUGUGUUAAAAUGUUGAAUAUUGAGCAUCUUGUUAAGUUAUAUUUAUAUAUUUAUAAUAUAUUUAAUAUUACGACUUUAUUCUCGUAAUAUUAUGACUUCUUUUUCAAAAUAUUACGACUUUAUUGUCGUAAUAUUACGACUUUAUUCUCGCAACAUUAUGACUUUAUUCUCGUAAUUUUACGACUUUAUUCUCAUAUUAUUAUGACUUUAUUUUCGUAAUUUCCUUUUUUUUUUCUUAGUUUGGCCCUAAUACUCCGUCGUACAUUAAUAAACUUGUGGCCACGAGUUAAUAUCUCGUGGCCACGAGUUAUUAAUGUGUGGCCACGCAUUAUGUUAUUUUUUUCAAAUGUCACAUGUUAUUACUACACUCGCCAUGACAAUACUCUUGCUCUUUAAUAUAAAUAGACUAUAAUUACCGUUAUUAAUGAUGAAUAACCACCAAGGAAGUUGCAUCCACGAAGUCCAGACAGUAGGUUAUAAUGCCAUCCACGAGUAAACUUGGGCACGAGAUACAUAACUCGUGGCCACGCAUUAUUUUAUUUUUUUCAAAUGUCACCAGAGCGGCUCCGUAGAAACAUGCAAAUACGAAAUGAUUAUUUUGUGGUAUUCCAUAAGUUCUUUUUGUUUUUCUGAGUUCACAGUAGGGAAGGACUACUGUCAAGCAUGCCAAAUGUUUAUUAUUUAUGUCCCAGUGAGACUGUAUCAUACACACCUUGUGUUUCUGCUUAGACCUUCACCUCAUUCUGUUUUAUGUGGUGAAACUAACACGUUCUCAGCCAAAUAUAUCUGCAUCAGUGCCUGCGUAACCGGUUCAAACACAAGCUGUGAAGUGUAGGCAUAACCAGUAGUUAUCUUUACAUAUCUCUGUCUGUUUCAUCUCCUCAACCGCAAAGCUGGACAUUUCGACAAAGUAUAUAACGAAAAGUCUGCAGUCGCAUAGGAUAGACCUGACCUUAAACUACUACUACUCCCCCCGAAUGUCUUUCAUCUGCUUGUGAUAUCUGUAUAAUCAUAUUACUGUAGGUAGGAGCUGCUGAAUUUAGCACGCAUCAAGGUGGAAGCUGUAAUUUGAACUCUGGCGACAGAAGGAAACAGCAGCGGUGGGCAUAUUUAAAUGCAGUAUGAACGGAUGGCGAUCAGAAAGCCUUGUGUGUUUGAGAGGAAGAGCGUGUGCAGGUCUGAGAAACGGAGGCUGCUGGGUUUGAGCAAUAUCCAGUGAUGCCGUUUGUGAUAUAAGGGCAUUUCUAAAACACUGCUGUACUAUUAUUUUGUGAUAGUAACUGUACUUUAUAAAGGCUGUUUGUUUCUAUGACAUUGUUUUUUAAGUUAUUGUUUAAUAUUGAAAACAAUAGCAAAUACAAAACUUCAGUACUCGCCGUAGUUAUUGCACAACCAACAUGAUGGUAAUUAAAUCUCUCGACGGCCUGCUUUUCACAAUAACAUCACUUGUCAAUGAAGUAUACGAAUCAGUAUAAUAA